GAGCGUCAAAAUGGCUGCGCCCAUUACGCAAUUUUCCUCGCAAAAUUUGACUAAUUUCAUUAAAAAUAUGCAUAAAUGCCUCUUUGUACAACGCUCAAAUUUGAUGUAUAGAAACAUUAGAUACUUUUCAAAGAUUUUAUCGGGUUGUCCACACAAAACACGUUCAGAAUUUAAGACAAGUCAAUAUUUGGUCGAUCCUUCCUUGAAUAAUUUCUGUAGUGAAAAUGUACAUCAAGUGCGUCCGGUGUGUACACACAUAACCUCUGCUGCUGAAAGUGAAACCAGUCAAUGCAGUCUGCCUUGCAGUGCCCUAGGAGGAAACGUGAACUUUAGGAAACUACUCUACGCUAAUUCCUGCAGCAAUAAUCUGUUUUUGGAAUAUUCAAGAAAGUUGCAAAGUCAAAACGGGGCUUAUAGAGUUUCUAGAAACUUUCACACAAGUGCUAGAUAUUUUAGAGACAACAAAACACCCCAGGACCCUGAUGAUCCUGAUUAUGAACCUCCAUGGAGGGAGAAGCCAGCCGCUCUUCGACUGUCUGGAUGGCCUGUCAUAAUAUGGCCGAGUGUUUUGAAGACCUUAAAGAAUUGGUUCCUGACAUUUUUAAUCAGAGGAUACAUGGAUGAGAGUUAUUCAACAAAGGGAUUUCUUGAUGGUGCUGAGCAGGCAGUGUUCGUUGUCUCGGAUUUGGUUGCUGGUGGGGAUUUCCAAAAUCUCCGGGAACUUGAUGUGGUUGCUGACGAGGCUAUAGGUGAUGCCCAGGUCCACUAUGCUGACCUCAAUGUAUCGCAGAGACAGAUUAUCAAGGUUGAUCCAGAAGACAUCUUUUUUCGUUACAUUUAUGAAAUCGGCAUGAUCUUUGAUGAUAUGACAGAAAAACGUUUUGUCGAGAUAACGACCGUGUUCCAGGGGUGCGUGGGACUUGCAGAGGUGAGGAAGAGAGAUCCUUGGGCGAUACAGAAAUAUGUGGCAGAGAACGCAGAUAAGUUAUACAUCUGUAACUAUAGAUUCAUCCGUGAAUUCACCAAGGGCGUCGCCGAUGAUUGGAUGGUUAAUAAACUCAAUCACUUCCUGCCGAAAGAAAUUGUGGAUGAAACGCCACCAUUCAGUCGAUGAAGGAACUAACGAAGUCUCAAGAAAUAAAAAACUCUAAACGAAGUGGAUGAACUUUUGAUACUAUUGAAUUGAACUCUUGUGUAUAAACUGUGAAAAAGGGCAUGCAGAGGAACUAAUAGAUGUUGUGAUGAUGUUCAAGACACUUCUCUCGUUAAGGGUUUUCUGUGCAGCGUGUCUGGGGCAUCCAUCCACCAAAUAGCCAUCUCACUUGAUUGAUGUCUCACUAAAUACGUUCAAGGUUUUGCUCUUUGAAGGGAUGAAAUAAAAU